AAGGCUUGUGUGCGCAUGCGCGGUUUUCGUCUGCUUCCUACAGAUCACGUGGGGUCAGUCAAGUUUGUUUAAGUACGAACAGAUGAUACCGUCAGAUGGCACCGUCGUCGUGGAUUCCAUUGAAAAUCCAGACUGUCCUUUAGAGACGCACCCGGACACACAGACGAUGUUCAUAAUGCGUGGACCUCUGGGCAACCCUGAGCCCCGCACAUGUCCGCCAGGGACGUACUUCCUGCGUAGCGUGUGCUCCUGUGUCAACGUACCACAUGAUAAGUGUAACUUGCGCCCCUCGCCCCUGGGUUCCGGCUUUUACGAGGAAGACGUGUUCGGGGUGUGGAUCAGACGCCCUUGUGGACCCGGCUCCGCUUUCAGCGCCGCAACGUGCGAAUGUUCAGUCUCAUUGAAUGGGUUUUAAACAUUCAGCGUCGAGUGUCGAAGAUUUUAUAGUACUAGACGUUUUUGAUACAACGAUUCAGACAUAUGAAUGUAAAUCUGUUUGCACUGUGUGUAGGAUUUGUGAAUGAACGACUCGUAUCACUACAUUUAUUUUAAGAAAUGAACUCUUUAUUAACUCAGCUCUGCAUUAAUGCAAUUAAAUAGGGAACGUGCUCUGUGAAGACGGGGGUUAAAUGCAUGUGCGUAAAUUGUCGUCCCAUAUUAGCCUGUGCAGUCCACACAGGCUAAUCAGGGACGACACUUUCCGCUUUUAUGGUAUGUUUCGUUUACAGAAAGUCUGUUCUUAGCAAACAAAUCCAGUAUUGGGGGAAAAUGUCGCCCCCGAUAAGCCUGCCCGGACUGCACAGGCUAAUUUGGGACGACACUUCACGCAAAUUCAUUCAACCCCAUUUUCACAGAGAUUGCUCAAUUAUCCAUGAAUUAUCCAUGUGUGUAAAAUAUGUACAAACUGUGUGCAUCGAUUGUGACAAUAAUUCUUCUUGGAGGUCAACGAUUUGUCACAGAUAUUAAUGUCUCCUCCUGAUCAACGCUUUAAUAUGGAAGUUUGACAAUAAUUAAUUACCAUAUGUCAAUUUGAAAAAGAUAACGUAUUACCACCAGAUUUUAUUUUCUACUUUGAGCAAUGGCCUUAUUUACGGUACAGGCACUUCGGUUACACUAGUAUUUCAAAUGAUUUGAUUCUUUUUAUUCUCCCGACAGUCGUCUUAUGCUAUCAGCUCAUCGAUUGCAAAAUAUACGUUAAACAAGUAUUUGUGAAA